AUGAGGCCCCUUCUCUGCUGCCUGGGGCUGGCCACGCUCCUGGGGCCCUGCCUGGCUUGUCCCAGUGCCUGCUCCUGCUCCAUCAAGAAGAACGGGCGGCUGUUGGCUGAGUGCGCCUACAAGGAUCUUCAGGAGGUACCCAAGGGGUUGUCCUCCAACGUCACCAUCCUCACCUUGUCGGCCAACAGGAUCGGCUGGUUGGGACAGGGCUCCUUUGCUGAGGUUCCUGAAGUGCAGUCGCUGUGGUUGGGCUACAACCAGAUCGGGCUGGUGGAACUGGGGACUUUUGCCUUGUUAGUGCACCUGAAGAACCUGGACCUGAGCCACAACAAGAUUGCGGAUUUCCCCUGGCAGGACCUCAGUAACCUCAGCAGUCUGCAGAUCCUGAAGAUGAACAACAACCGCUUGGCCGGGCUGCCCCGGGACGCUUUCCGCUCCUUGAAGGACCUGCGCUCCCUCUGGCUCAAUGACAAUGAGUUGACCACCCUGGCUGAGGGCACCUUUGACAAUCUGCCCUCCCUGUCCCAGCUGCAGAUCUUCAACAACCCCUUCAACUGCUCCUGCAAGGUCUUCUGGCUGAAGAAGUGGACCGAGAACACCUCCGUCUCCAUCACCAAGGGGGGGUCUACCCUGUGCGUGGCUCCCAGCAGGCUGAAGGGCAGGGCAGUGACGGACAUCCCUGACCACCAUUGUGUUGCUCCCUCCGUGCAGCUCACCUACCUCUCCAACCUGGACAACACCGUCAUGUACGAUGGCCUCACCCUGACCCUGCACUGCAGCGUGGCGGGCAGCCCUCCACCAGAGAUCAGGUGGAAGAUCCAGACCUCCAGCCGCCAUGUUGAGAUCAAUGGGCCCAACGUGGCGCGGGAUGGAAAUGUCAAGCAGAGCCAGGAGCGCUUCUUGGUCUUCAAGAAUGGCACCAUGGCCAUCCCCAACUUCAGCAAAGAGGAUGAAGGCAUCUACACCUGCCUCGCUGUCAAUGAUGUGGGCACGCGGGAUGUGUCAGUCAACGUGGCCUUGGCUGGGUCAGAGAAUCCAGCUGAAGACCUACUCCGAGAUGACCCCCAAGCCAGCCACCUCGGAGGUCGGAGCUGCUACAAGGGGGAUGAAAUGGAUCCCUCUGGAGCUGGGGAAAAGUUGGUGAUUGUUUACCACAUGCCGAGGGAGUCAAAGAGCAGGGCUGGAGGAGCGGUGCCCGAGGUCCAUCUGGGGACCCUCCUGCUGGCUUUGGGCAUUGUGCUCUGCUGUUAA